AUGAAUUCGAUACUGGAGGAUUCAUUGAGGUUACAGCCACUUGUGCAAGUUCAUUCACAACCAGGUAUCCCAAUAGACCUGAAACUUGGGAAAUCACACAUUCCUCUGUUUAUGACAAGAUUCACUCAUAUGAGUGUCAAUUACAGAUCAUUCAAAGUGUAUCCAAGAACUUUUGCACCUCCUCAACCAGCACCAUUACCAACACCAAAACCAACACCAAAACCAAUACCACCCUCCAAGCAACCUUCUGUCAUUCCAAGUCACAAUGGAACUGCAAGAACUUUAGAUGCUUCGAAGAGAUUUGAAAGUGUCAAUAGAUUUGGAAUGAUGAAUGGUCAUGUUGUUGUUGUGGUAGCAGUCGUAAUGACAGUUGAAGUAUUCUUCUAA